AUGAAACUCCUUAUCCUUGCUGUUGCCCUAGUAGCACCUUUUAUCAACAUACAUGCACAGAACGAUAGAUACAAAUCAGUGAACAUCGAAGAAGUAUUAUCGAACAAGAGAUUGCUAGGUGCUUACAUUAAAUGCAUGUUGGAUAAAGGCAGAUGCACGCCAGAAGGCAAGGAAUUGAAAUCUCAUAUAACCGAAGCUUUACAAAAUGGCUGUGAGAACUGCACGGAUAUUCAAAAAGAUAGCGUGCGCCAGGUAAUCGGGCACCUCGUGAAAAAAGAGGAAGACUAUUGGAAGCAGCUCGUCGAAAAAUACGACUCGGAAGGGAUUUAUUCCGAGAAGUAUGAGAACGAAUUAAAAUCUCUCUAGAUUUAUAGGUUUGUGAUUUAAAACCACCAUUUGCGUCACUUGGCCGAAUGAGCUGUAUCAAAUAAAUUCAAAGUAUGCCAUAUUCUUUAUUAUUAUUGUUAAUAUUAAUAU